AUGCAGGAGGAGGCCGUUGAAUCCAACACUACUGCUACCCAGGAAGACCCCGUGGAACCCCCUAGAACUUCACGGGACUAUCAUGACACAACUGCCUUACCGUUUCCAGAGUGGAUAAGGAAGCCGGUGGCUGAUGAACAAUUCGGCAAGUUUGUCGAGGUACCCACGUAUGCCAAGUAUAUCAAGGAUAUUCUUGGGAACAAGCGGACGCGGCCCACCACCGAGGUUGUGCAGUUAACUGAAGAGUGUAGCGCUGCUAUACUUGAUCCUCUCCUAGUGAAGAAGAAAGACCCAGGCUGCCCCACCAUCACCUACUCGAUCGGGGCUCAACACUUUUCGAACACCCUCUGCGACUUGGGAGAAAGCGUCAGUGUCAUGCCAAAGCUAGUGGACCAAACAGUCCGCUACCUCACAGGAAUAACAGAAAACAUUCCGGAGAAAAUCCGGAAUUACUUCAUUCCCGUCGACUUCGUCAUACUCGACACGGAAGUUGACACCAAGAUGCCACUCAUCUUGGGCAGGCCGUUCUUGAGUACAGCAAACACCCAUAUCGAUGUUGGAGCUGGAGAAAUUCAGGUCAACAUUAAUGGUCAGAAGGAGAAGUUCGCCUUCUAA